AUGGCUGUGGAACUAGAAUAUGAUUAUGAUGCGGCAAUAGCUGCCAUGGAUAAAUUUUGUCAAGAAGAUUUUAAUGCCUUAAAAGAAUGGACUAAAAAAUUAGACAAGUCAAAAUAUGUUCCUAAAGACCUUACGGAUAAACAGUUGUUGUUAUUUUAUAACGCAUGCUAUGGAGAUAUAGAGAGGAGUAAAACGUGUAUAGAAAGAUAUUAUAAUCUAAGAAAAAAUACUCCAGAAAUCUUCGACAAUAGAUGUUUAAGUUCUGAUGAGCUGCAACCUUCUGUAGAAGCCCUAGAGUUCAGUGUGUUGCCAGAGAAAUCUCAUGAUGGCUACGACUUGAUCUACCACCGACUUCACUACACAGAACCUUCUAAAUACCACUUCGAGCCUGGCUGCAAGCUUCUUUUCAUGACUGUCGAUUCUUGUCUCCAUAAGAGAGGUCCACAACCUGGUUACAUUUUUCUCUUCGACAUGCAAGGAGUUAAACUCGGCCAUCUCACCAGAGUUAGUCUCUCCUUUCAGAAGGACAGGCAAAGGUCUCUACGUAAGUUCUUUCAAUAUGUACAAGAAGCGAUGCCGGUGAGGAUGAGGGCGAUACACGUCUUCAACACUGAACCGAUCCUGGACAAGCUGCUGUUACUCAUCAGACCUUUCAUGGAUAAAAAGUUCUUUGAUAUGAUAAAGUUCCAUCACAAGAACGAGGAUUUAGAGAAUUUCUACCAGACCGUUAUACCUCGUUCAGCGUUGCCGCCGCUCCACGGUGGUACACUUCCAGACACACAAACCCUUCAUAAGAAAUGUAUGCAGACUUUGAAGGCUCUAGAACCGUACUUCAAAGCUGAAGAGGAACAGAGAAUCAACGCUCUGCCAGACAAAAAACGUGAUAAAGCCUUGGAGAGGUCAUUCAAACAUCUUGACAUAGAUUAA